AUGUCUAAGGAAUCAUCUACUACUUCUACUAUCAUCUCUUCCUCUGUUUCUCAAACUUCUUCUUCCCUGAAACUUAAAACUUCCUACAUCUCAUUCAAGCUUGAUGAAACCAAUUAUAUUCAGUGGCGUCGUCAGGUUCUUCCCAUCCUGCGCUCUCAUGACAUCUACAGUCAUGUAGAUCCAACUUUUGCAUCUCCGUCUCCCUUCCUUCCUGGUUCAUCUGAUGAAGAACCUCUUCCAAACCCUAAGUAUCUUCCCUGGUUUCAACUACAAACCCUUCAGAGAGACAACCUUUCUAUCUCUGCAUACCUUGCUAAAAUCACUUCCAUUAGAGACUAUAUUUUAACAUCAUCUGCUCCAUUAAGUGAUGUUGAACUCGUUAUUAAUACUCUUCGAGGUCUAGGGCCUGAUUAUCAAGCUUUCUCAACAGCUAUUGAAACUCGUUCUGCUCUCCCCUCUUUCUCUGAGUUGAAGCCGUUACUUCUCAACCAUGAAAUCCGCCUUACUCAAUAUAAUCAACCCACAACAAAUUCCACUCCUUCAACAUCCUUUUACGGUUCUACUUUUUCAUCUUCUUAUUCCUCAAACUUUUCUCCUUCUCGGUUUUCCAACAACUCAAGCCGUGGUAGUAAUAACUCCUACAAAGGUGGUCAUGGUGGUAACAAUGGCCGUGGUUAUCGUGGUGGUGGUUGUGGACGUGGAGGUUACUUCUCUUAUCCAACCUAUUCGUUUGGUAAUCCAUCUCCGCAGCAACAUCAGUCAAUACUUGGUGCUCCUCCUUCGCAAUUUUCAGGCAGCAAGCAACCUUGUCAAAUUUGA